AUGGAGAAAUGCGUUCCUUACUUUCAGCUCUCAGAACACUCGAUUACUCGCCAUGUGUACAGACUGAAGUCGCUGAGCCAUGACUUCAGUCUGCUGAGCCAUGACUUCAGUCUGCUGAGCCGCGACUUCAGCCUGCUGAGCCGCGACUUCAGCCUGCUGAGCCACGACUUCAGCCUGCUGAGCCAUGACUUCAGCCUGCUGAGCCAUGACUUCAGCCUGCUGAGCCACGACUUCAGCCUGCUGAGCCACUACUUCAGUCUGCUGAGCCACUACUUCAGUAUGCUGAGCCACAACUUCAGCCUGCUGAGCCGCGACUUCAGCCUGCUGAGCCAUGACUUCAGUCCGCUGAGCCGCGACUUCAGUAUGCUGAGCCACAACUUCAGCCUGCUGAGCCGCGACUUCAGCCUGCUGAGCCAUGACUUCAGUCUGCUGAGCCGCGACUUCAGUCUGCUGAGCCACUACUUCAGUCUGCUGAGCCACAACUUCAGCCUGCUGAGCCAUGACUUCAGUCUGCUGAGCCGCGACUUCAGCCUGCUGAGCCAUGACUUCAGUCCGCUGAGCCGCGACUUCAGUCUGCUGAGCCACUACUUCAGUCUGCUGAGCCACUACUUCAGUAUGCUGAGCCACAACUUCAGCCUGCUGAGCCAUGACUUCAGUCUGCUGAGCCGCGACUUCAGCCUGCUGAGCCAUGACUUCAGCCUGCUGAGCCAUGACUUCAGCCUGCUGAGCCAUGACUUCAGUCUGCUGAGCCAUGACUUCAGUCUGCUGAGCCGCGACUUCAGCCUGCUGAGCCAUGACUUCAGCCUGCUGAGCCAUGACUUCAGCCUGCUGAGCCAUGACUUCAGCCUGCUGAGCCACGACUUCAGCCUGCUGAGCCGCGACUUCAGCCUGCUGAGCUGCGACUUCAGCCUGCUGAGCCGCGACUUCAGCCUGCUGAGCCAUGACUUCAGCCUGCUGAGCCAUGACUUCAGCCUGCUGAGCCAUGACUUCAGUCUGCUGAGCCGCGACUUCAGCCUGCUGAGCCAUGACUUCAGCCUGCUGAGCCGCGACUUCAGCCUGCUGAGCCACUACUUCAGUCUGCUGAGCCACUACUUCAGUCUGCUGAGCCAUGACUUCAGCCUGCUGAGCCAUGACUUCAGCCUGCUGAGCCAUGACUUCAGUCUGCUGAGCCACUACUUCAGUCUGCUGAGCCACUACUUCAGUAUGCUGAGCCACAACUUCAGCCUGCUGAGCCGCGACUUCAGCCUGCUGAGCCAUGACUUCAGUCCGCUGAGCCGCGACUUCAGCCUGCUGAGCCACUACUUCAGCCUGCUGAGCCGCGACUUCAGCCUGCUGAGCCGCAACUUCAGCCUGCUGAGCCGCGACUUCAGUCUGCUGAGCCACUCUGCUGAGCCACAACUUCAGCCUGCUGAGCCACUACUUCACCUGCUGAGCCACUACUUCAGCCUGCUGAGCCACUACUUCAGUCUGCUGAGCCGCAACUUCAGCCUGCUGAGCCGCGACUUCAGCCUGCUGAGCCGCGACUUCAGCCUGCUGAGCCACGACUUCAGCCUGCUGAGCCAUGACUUCAGCCUGCUGAGCCAUGACUUCAGCCUGCUGAGCCACGACUUCAGCCUGCUGAGCCACUACUUCAGUCUGCUGAGCCACUACUUCAGUCUGCUGAGCCACGACUUCAGUCUGCUGAGCCGCGACUUCAGCCUGCUGAGCCACGACUUCAGCCUGCUGAGCCAUGACUUCAGCCUGCUGAGCCACGACUUCAGCCUGCUGAGCCAUGACUUCAGCCUGCUGAGCCAUGACUUCAGCCUGCUGAGCCACGACUUCAGCCUGCUGAGCCACUACUUCAGUAUGCUGAGCCACGACUUCAGCCUGCUGAGCCACGACUUCAGCCUGCUGAGCCACUACUUCAGCCUGCUGAGCCACUACUUCAGUCUGCUGAGCCACUACUUCAGUCUGCUGAGCCACGACUUCAGUCUGCUGAGCCGCGACUUCAGCCUGCUGAGCCACGACUUCAGCCUGCUGAGCCACGACUUCAGCCUGCUGAGCCAUGACUUCAGCCUGCUGAGCCAUGACUUCAGCCUGCUGAGCCACAACUUCAGCCUGCUGAGCCACGACUUCAGCCUGCUGAGCCACGACUUCAGCCUGCUGAGCCAUGACUUCAGUCUGCUGAGCCACUACUUCAGUCUGCUGAGCCACUACUUCAGUAUGCUGAGCCACAACUUCAGCCUGCUGAGCCGCGACUUCAGCCUGCUGAGCCAUGACUUCAGCCUGCUGAGCCAUGACUUCAGCCUGCUGAGCCAUGACUUCAGUCUGCUGAGCCAUGACUUCAGCCUGCUGAGCCGCGACUUCAGCCUGCUGAGCCAUGACUUCAGUCUGCUGAGCCAUGACUUCAGUCUGCUGAGCCGCGACUUCAGCCUGCUGAGCCAUGACUUCAGUCUGCUGAGCCAUGACUUCAGUCCGCUGAGCCAUGACUUCAGUCUGCUGAGCCAUGACUUCAGUCUGCUGAGCCAUGACUUCAGCCUGCUGAGCCAUGACUUCAGCCUGCUGAGCCAUGACUUCAGCCUGCUGAGCCAUGACUUCAGCCUGCUGAGCCACGACUUCAGCCUGCUGAGCCGCGACUUCAGCCUGCUGAGCUGCGACUUCAGCCUGCUGAGCCGCGACUUCAGCCUGCUGAGCCAUGACUUCAGCCUGCUGAGCCAUGACUUCAGCCUGCUGAGCCAUGACUUCAGUCUGCUGAGCCGCGACUUCAGCCUGCUGAGCCACUACUUCAGUCUGCUGAGCCACUACUUCAGUCUGCUGAGCCACUACUUCAGUAUGCUGAGCCACAACUUCAGCCUGCUGAGCCGCGACUUCAGCCUGCUGAGCCAUGACUUCAGUCCGCUGAGCCGCGACUUCAGCCUGCUGAGCCACUACUUCAGCCUGCUGAGCCGCGACUUCAGCCUGCUGAGCCACGACUUCAGCCUGCUGAGCCGCAACUUCAGCCUGCUGAGCCGCGACUUCAGUCUGCUGAGCCACUCUGCUGAGCCACAACUUCAGCCUGCUGAGCCACUACUUCACCUGCUGAGCCACUACUUCAGCCUGCUGAGCCACUACUUCAGUCUGCUGAGCCGCAACUUCAGCCUGCUGAGCCGCGACUUCAGCCUGCUGAGCCGCGACUUCAGCCUGCUGAGCCACGACUUCAGCCUGCUGAGCCAUGACUUCAGCCUGCUGAGCCACGACUUCAGCCUGCUGAGCCAUGACUUCAGCCUGCUGAGCCACGACUUCAGCCUGCUGAGCCACGACUUCAGUCUGCUGAGCCAUGACUUCAGCCUGCUGAGCCACGACUUCAGCCUGCUGAGCCACGACUUCAGCCUGCUGAGCCACGACUUCAGUCCGCUGAGCCGGCUCCUGAGUCAGUGGUCAGCAGGACAUGGAGAGCGAUACUAA